CACGACUAUAGUAAUGCCACUUGCUUCAAACACUUAAUCAGGAACCCGUUAUUCAGCAAUUCAAGAAACCCAAGGGUUACUUGCCGGGCUGCUGAGUACAAGUUCCCUGACCCCAUUCAUGAGUUUGCUGAAGCUGAAACAGAGAAGUUCAGGGCCCAUCUUCUCAAUAAACUCUCAAAGAAAGAUAUUUUUGGAGAUUCAGUCCAAGAAGUUGUUGGAAUUUGCACCGAGGUUUCUACAUUUUGUUCGAUCGAGUAUCAACGUUUAUGAAGUUGAUUUCUUCUUCUUCUUCUCAUUAGUUGGGCUAGGUCAUGUGUGCUUUAUGGUAUUAUCUUGGUGUUUUGUCUUGAAAGAAAACAAAGAAUGCAGAUGCUGGAUAUACUACCUAACUAUCAUAUUUGAACAGAUUCUCAGUACAUUCUUGCACACCGAAUAUGGAGGUCCUGGAACUCUAUUGGUCAUUCCUUUUAUGGACAUGGCUGAUACUCUAAAUGAGAGAGGUUUACCCGGAGGUCCACAAGCUGCACGAGCAGCAGUAAAAUGGGCUCAGAAUCAUGUUGACAAGGAUUGGAAAGAGUGGACUAGCAAGAAUAGCAGGUGAUAGAAGUACCUCGCAUCAAUUCCCGUCCUCUGUUAGCUGUUUCCCAAUUUAUCUAGGAAUGUGUGAAAAGAUUGCAACUGGUUUCUGAACUCUAUUGGGGUGAAGAAGGAUUGGAGUUUCCCGCAUCUUUGUGAGACAUGUCAUCCUAGUCAUGAUGGGAUUGAAUUUUGCCAAGAGUUGUAUGAGAGGAAUGUGCUUUUGGAGUGAGCGUUCUGAUAGGAUUUAGAAGCAGAUUUCACAAAAACUACUGAAAAGACAUGGUAGACAACUGUAUGAGCAUAAACUUUUGUAUCUUUUGUAGUUUUUGUCAAUUAAUAUUGUGAAAUUAUUCAUCCUUGUUACCUCUUAUAUACAACUUGUCAUGUAAUUUGUAAACUGCAA